AUGUUUGGAUUCAGCUGGUCUUUCCGUCGUAUUUCCAACAUGAAAACAUUUGCGUCGGCUCCUAGAAUGAUUAAAACGGGUACAGAUAUUAUCGAGGUAUUAUGCGAUUCCCAGACCGGAAUAUUGAGAACUCGGAAACUCAAUGAUUCGAAAGAAGUAUAUUUCUUGCAGAGGCUUUGGGAGUAUCAAUGGCUGGCACUCUCUACUAUCUUCACGCAAACGGAAAAAUGGCAUAGGAUGGGCGUUGAUAGGUCAACAAUGUUGGAAUUCUGCCGGGAUAGCAUCCAAUUUGCCGAGCUUCUCUUUGACCAACUCCCAAUCUUUGCUACUGCGGUUGGAGAAGCUGAUCCUACCCAAGCUGACUCUGCCAAAAGCACUCUUCUCCGAUACCCAACCACCACAAUGAAUGCCAUGGUAAAAUGGCUACGUCUGAAAGACGAGUAUCUUGCGACUACUUUGGUUGGGAUUGUUUCUAAGGUCCUUCGUAGACUCGGGGAUCUCAAUGCAACAGUUCAGGAGGAAGCUUUGGCUGUCAUCAAGGAUAUCGCUCUAACCGCAAAAAUCAAAACCAUCCUAACGGAUAGUGAGAAGGCAGAGCUUGUAAGAUCAUUGGAGGCAUAUUAUAAGAAACCUCUAGUCACACCUGCUCCUGUUCCUGCUCCCAAAAAGAGACAGAGCACAAUCACUUCUUUCGCCAAAUCUGUGGAUCCUUCAACUCUUGUCAAAUCAGAAUCGAAGACGAUCAAGGAGGGGGAACAUGACAGCGACCCUGAUAUCCCAGAUGACGUUUUGAUAGAGCUCUCUUCUUCUGUUGAACUUAAUAAGGCUCGAAUAGCUUCCCAGAAGAAGCCGACAACCCAACAUGCCCUACCUUCUAAACUAACACCAGUGGCACCAUUAGCCAAACCAACUCACAAUGUACUUUCCUUCCGUGAGAAGCGAGAGAGGGAAAAGGAGGCUAAAAAGAAACGUGACAUGAUAGAACUUGCCAAGGUGAAGAAAAAUUUGCCUCUGCGUGGUGUAGGUGAACAGACAGCUUCGCAAGGAUCUGGCUUGAAUGGCCUUAAUAUUGGUGUGAUAGAACAUAGACCCGCCGACAGUAUGAUGGUUUCUUCAGAUUCAGACUCUGAUUCUGAUAGUGACGAUAACGGAGAGGAAGAGGUCCUUGGAAAGAAAGUAUCUUCGAAACCAGAUGCUGUGAAGGCAUAUGAAGAAAGCCGAAAGAAACUCCUACAACGAGUACCGGUCAAGAAAACAAAGAUUGUGCGGUCUGCAAAGGAUAUGCGAGCUCGUCUUGCUCCUGACCUAUCGUCACUUCACAAGACUCUCCUGAGUUGGGAUUUCUUUACAGAAAGCGUUCUACCUCCAAAUUGUGGCCAAACAGACUACACUUUGGUUUCUAACAGUUUCGCAAAUGCACUAGAAUACCAAAAAACCUUUGAGCCGUUAUUGAUUCUCGAAGCCUGGCAAGGGUUCCAAACCGCUAGAGAGGACGCAACGUUUAAAGAAUUUGAAAUUAAAGUUGCAAAUCGUCUUUCGGUUGACUCGUUUGUAGAAGUCAGCACGAUCAUGGAUCCUUUACAAGUCAAAGACUUAGGUCUGGGAGAGGCUGAUUUGGUUCUAUUGUCUCGCUCAAACAAGCCUGCAACUGAGUCAAACGCUCCUCAUUGUCUAGCUAGAAUAUCUAGUAUUAAGAAAAAGAAAGGGGCAAUGGAAAUCUCUUAUCGCAUCAACCCCAAUGGCUCAAUGGCUAGCGGAAUUGGACCCGGUGGUGGAUUAUUCGGUGUGAAGAUUACAUCCCUCACACCCCUGGAACGAGAAUACGGGGCGUUGAUGGCUCUUCAAUAUUAUGACUUGAGCGAAGAAAUUAUUAAAGCGAAGCCGUCUCCAAUACUCAACUACGGCCCGGAAAGCCUGAAAACUAUUCUAGGCACAUAUGAUCUUAAUCCCGCACAGUCAAAGGCUGUAAAAUCGGCCGUGGAUAACGAUGCAUUCACAUUAAUCCAGGGGCCCCCUGGUUCAGGAAAGACAAAGACCAUUGUCGCGAUUGUUGGAGCUUUGUUAACACCUAUACUGGCAGAGCGAAGAAUAUCUCAACCGAAACCAACCAGCGAUCCAGCGCAGAUGAGCAAGUCAACCCCAUCAAAAAAACUCUUAGUCUGCGCACCUAGUAAUGCUGCUGUCGAUGAACUGGUGAUGAGGUUUAAAGAAGGAAUAAAGACAAUUAGCGGGAAAAUCCAGCCUAUCUCUGUCAUCCGACUUGGUCGAAGCGAUGCUAUCAAUACUAAUGUACUAGAUGUUACAUUAGACGAACUAGUCAAUGCUAAAUUGAACCAGACAGGCCAAAAGAAAAACGGGGAGGAGCGUGAUUUACAGAGCUAUUUUACUGAACACAAGGAGACUUCUACCAAAUUCACAGAAAUACGACAAAGGAUUGACCAAUGUCGAGCGAGGGGGGAACCGGUCUCAACUGAGCUCGAACGGGAAUUUGAUCUGUUGAAACGAAAGAAGGCUCAGCUAAGCCAGGCAAUUGACAAUGCUAGAGACAAGAAUCAUUCCGCAGCCCGGAAUGCGGAGUUGACACGAAGGCGAAUACAACAAGAAAUAAUUGACGGAGCCCAUGUCAUCUGCUCGACCCUUAGCGGUAGUGGUCACGAAAUGUUCCAAAGUUUAAGCAUUGAAUUUGAGACCGUCAUCAUAGACGAAGCCGCCCAGUCCAUUGAGCUGAGUGCUCUUAUUCCUCUUAAAUACGGAUGCUCAAAGUGUGUUCUAGUCGGGGAUCCCAAACAGCUACCGCCAACAGUGUUAUCAAAGGAGGCAUCUCGGUUCCAGUACGAGCAAAGUUUGUUCGUCCGGAUGCAAGCAAAUCAUCCAAAUGAUGUUCAUCUACUAGACACACAGUAUCGAAUGCAUCCGGAAAUUAGCAAGUUCCCCAGCCAGGCAUUUUAUGACGGAAAGUUGCAAGAUGGCCCUGGAAUGGGCCCGCUGCGGAAAAAGCCAUGGCACGGAAGUGAACUACUUGGUCCCUACAGAUUUUUUGAUGUUCAAGGAAUGCACUCUAAUGCUGCUAAAGGUCACUCUUUAGUAAACAUUGCAGAACUUACGGUCGCAAUGCGCCUCUACGACCGACUUUUAGCUGAUUAUAAAAAUUACGACUUCACGGGAAAAAUUGGGAUAAUUACGCCGUAUAAAGGCCAAUUAAGAGAGCUCAAAGCUCGAUUUGCAGCAAAGUACGGCGGUUCAAUAUUUACAGCUGUCGAGUUUAACACCACAGACGCGUUCCAGGGAAGAGAAUGUGAAAUUAUUAUCUUCUCAUGUGUCCGAGCAUCCAGCCGCGGAAUAGGUUUCUUGUCUGAUAUUCGUCGAAUGAACGUUGGUUUAACGCGAGCUAAAUCGUCGCUUUGGGUGCUCGGGAACUCUCAAUCCCUCGUACAAGGCGAAUUUUGGAGGGCCCUGAUUCACGAUGCACAAGGGCGUGAUCUCUAUACAGAAGGAGAUAUCAUACGGAUCCUACAAAAACCCCAGAUAAGUUUGGAUAUGGAGCUAAAUAAUGUUGAGAUGGUGGAUGCGCCAGUAGAAUCCGGCGUUGUCUCGGACCCUUCGUCACGACCAGGCUCAUCUUUGGCAGGCGGCAGCAUCUCCCGGCCAGCGUCCAGAACAUCAAACCCCCAGUCUGCAGAAUCGUUACCAAGUGACCCAUUAUCAAGAAGUGCGGCUAGCACCCCUAUUCCUUGCCUUCCAAACGGCCCUUCAGGUGGGAAGAGUGGGUUAAAUGAAUUGGCCAUGUGUGGAUAUUGUGGAAACCAUCAGCAUAUGACACACAACUGCGAUAACAUUGAGGCUAAGAUAGCUUCUCAAGGGACUUGCAGAAGGUGCGGUGACGAAACCCAUUCCAUACGGGAUUGCAAAGCAUUACGCUGCAUAGAAUGCGGAGAAACAGGCCAUAUCGCGAAAGACUGCACGUCUGAGACGGUUCUACGCAAAUGGGAGAAGAAUAAGAUCAUGAGGGAGGAAGCGCAUCACAAGAGCAUGCAGCAAGCAAGGGUAGAAAGGCAAAAGCAGAAGGCCCUUGCUGCUCAUGAUCCAAAAAUCCCCCUUAUACAGGUUCCUGGAAAGAAACCCGCAGCGGAGAGCAACACAGACUCGCAGCGUAAUGGCCCUGGGAAAAGGAAACGAUCCGAUUUAAGCGUUUCCCAAGCUUCGAGCGACCCUAAGAUAAUGCGACUUGACCAGAACACCGCAUCUUCAACUCCUCUGAAAGAGCCUAGGGGAAAAAAGCAAGACGGCAGUUCCUCUGCAGCAGCACAGAUACCGGCCAUCAAUUCGUCAAAAGUUCCGAGAGGACGAAAAGCAGAUCCUCACAGUGUUGCGCCGCCCCCAAGUGACCUUGUAAUACCGUCGAGAGACAGCCACGAGAAUCGCCCAAUAUCUACCGAACCGGCGACCCAAAUGACUAAUAAGCCCGGAGAUCCCAGCGGACACUCUUCAGGCCCUCCAAUACGGCCAAGAGGCGAUAGACGACCUCCUCCGCCUCCAAUGCGCAAAAAAAAACCUGCGGACGUGUUUAUUCGUCCAAAACGCAGGUAA